UCUUCCCAGACCCGCAUUUGGCAACCAUGACUCCACCACCCUCUUAAAUUCCCUCACCUGCCGACCUAACUUCAUCUCUUUUGCCUUAAAUACCUUGUUUCUCCUCCCAAAUCCUUAUCACUUCCUCGGUCAUAUCUUUGUUCAUGGCUUCCGAUCCAUUGUGGAUGGGAAAGUUUCUACUAGUGUUAGUACUCUUGUCGUUCCCAUUUAUUCACUGUGAAAAUAUCACAAACACGAUACAGUCCGAGUGUUUGAAGGUUCCCAACUCGGAGUUUGCCGGGUCGAUUGUGAACACCAUUGAUGUUAUGCAGCAGGUGGUGUCUAUUCUUUCCAGCGUUGCUAAGGGUUUCGGGGAUUUCCGGCUUUCGAAUGCCAUCGACGACUGUCUGGAUUUGAUGGAUAGCUCGGCUGAUGAGUUGAGCUGGACUCUCUCUGCUACCCAGAAUCAGAAUGGCAAACAUAACAGCACUGGGAAUUUGAGUUCUGAUCUGAGAACAUGGCUGAGUGCUACACUGUUUAACCAGGACACAUGCAGUGAUGGAUUUGAUGGCACCAACGGCAUUGUCAAAGACUUGGUGUCCGGUAGCCUUGACCAAAUAACUUCCUUGGUCCUAGAACUACUCGGCCAAGUGCACCCAGUUUCGGAUCAGCACGAGUCAAAUGGCCAAACCCCAGCAUGGUUUAGAUCCGAGGACCGCAAACUGCUACAAGCAAAUGGAAUGCCUGUAGACGUUGUGGUAGCUCAGGAUGGAACCGGGAACUUCACAAAUAUCACCUCCGCGAUUUUAUCAGUACCGGAUUACAGCUUGAAGCGCUACGUGAUUUACGUCAAGAGAGGGGUGUACAAGGAGUAUGUGGAGAUCAAGAAGAAGAAAUGGAACAUAAUGAUGAUCGGAGAUGGCAUGGAUGCUACUGUAAUCAGUGGGAAUCACAAUUAUGUGGAUGGUUGGACCACAUUUCGCUCUGCAACUUUUGCUGUUAGUGGAAGAGGAUUCAUAGCGCGCGACAUCACAUUCGAGAACACAGCAGGACCCGAGAAACACAUGGCAGUGGCGCUACGAUCCGACUCAGACCUCUCGGUCUUUUACCGGUGUGAGUUUCGGGGAUACCAGGACACACUAUACACACACUCUAUGCGCCAAUUCUAUCGAGACUGCAAAAUCAGCGGCACUGUUGAUUUCAUCUUCGGUGACGGCACUGUUGUGUUCCAGAACUGCCAAAUCCAAGCCAGACAAGCCUUGCCAAACCAAAAGAACAGCAUCACAGCCCAUGGCCGAAAGUACGUAGAUGAGCCAACAGGCUUUUCGAUCCAAUUCUGCAACAUAUCUGCACAUCCAGACUUGUUAGCCACCCCGGUUAACUCUAGCACACCUACUUACCUUGGUAGACCAUGGAAACAAUUUUCAAGAACUAUAAUCAUGCAGUCCUUCAUGAGCAAUAUCAUAAAGCCAGAAGGGUGGCUAGAGUGGAAUGGUAGCAUGUUUUUGGAUUCAUUGUUCUAUGGAGAGUACAUGAAUUACGGGCCUGGAGCGGGCCUCGGGAGCCGGGUUACCUGGCCAGGAUAUCAAAAGUUUAACGAGUCCGGGCAGGCCAAGAACUAUACAGUGUCCGAGUUUAUUGAAGGAAACUUGUGGUUGCCCUCUACUGGUGUCAAAUAUACUGCAGGCUUUGGGGUUUAACGAGGGUUUAAGCAGUUGAUAUGAAAUUUCACUCUUGUACCUGAUCAAUUGUCCUUGAACCAAAUUUUUUUUUUUCCUUUAGAGCAGUAAUAAGUAAUUAAGUACCAUAUAUAGGUUUUUGUUAUGUUGGCGCGCAUCAUCAUGUUUUGGGUGAAUUGUUUGUCUACUGUGCAGCCUAUGCCUAAACUAUGCCGGUGGUGCUGUUUGAAAUUAAAGUCCACAGUUUGCAAAUA